AUGCAAGAAAAAAAGGAUAAAAAAAGACACAAGGAAUCCGGAAUCUCCGAGGUUUAUUCUAGAAGAACCAAGUAGUCCACCACGGCACAGCAUCACUGUGUUCCACGCCGACCCUCAAAAAAGCUGUGGAUCAAAGUCUACAACUUGAAAUCCACACCCUAUUCCAUUUCCAUCUUCAGCCACCUGUUUCUACUUCACAAGAAAGUUCCUUUUUCACCUUUCUCUUUUUUUUAAGCUAUUACCCUUCAUCAUUGAUUUCUUACACAAAAUCAAAAUUCCACCUUGGUGUCUGAUUCCUUCGGUCAACUCCGUUUACUAUAAAUAUGAUCACUCUGUUCUUCAUCUUCUUCAACUCCUAUUACCCCCUCUGAAUGGAUUAUAGUUCUAAUUCUAUUUCCGAGUUUCCAAAUCAAAACCAAAACCCCACCCCCAAGCAAAACGGUUUCCUUCAUCCCAAGCUGGGUUCCGAACCUGCCAGAUCGCGAUCACGCGCUGCCAUGGCUUCACCUGCCAACUCCGACCCUAAGGUCGUCACCGGCACAGCUGGUUACAUCCUCGAGGAUGUUCCGCAUUUCACCGAUUACAUUCCUAAUCUCCAAACAUAUACAAAUCCUUUGCAAGACAACCCUGCUUAUUCAGUUGUUAAGCAGUACUUUGUGCAUGUGGAUGACAGCGUUCCUCAAAAGGUCGUUGUUCACAAAGAUGGUGCACGAGGGGUACAUUUUAGGCGCGCUGGGCCUCGUCAAAAGGUGUAUUUUGAAGCAGAUGAAGUUCAGGCUGCCAUUGUUACUUGUGGGGGUCUGUGUCCCGGGCUCAACACUGUCAUCAGGGAAUUAGUAUGUGGCUUGAACCAUAUGUAUGGCGUGAAGAGAGUUCUGGGAAUCAAUGGAGGAUACAGGGGUUUCUAUGCUCGCAACACAAUCACUUUAACUCCUAAGAGUGUGAAUGAUAUACAUAAGCGUGGGGGGACUGUCCUCGGAACAUCACGGGGAGGACAUGACACCAAAAAGAUAGUUGACAGUAUUCAAGAUCGGGGAAUCAAUCAGGUUUAUAUCAUUGGAGGAGAUGGAACUCAAAAGGGUGCAUCUGCAAUUUUUGAGGAAGUCAGAAGGCGUGGUCUAAAAGUUUCAGUUGUAGGAAUCCCCAAAACAAUAGACAAUGACAUCCCGGUUAUUGACAAGUCCUUUGGCUUUGACACUGCUGUUGAGGAGGCUCAACGAGCUAUAAAUGCUGCACAUGUUGAGGCUGAAAGUGUUGAAAAUGGCAUUGGUGUGGUCAAGUUGAUGGGUAGAAACAGCGGAUUUAUUGCAAUGUAUGCUACUCUUGCAAGUCGAGAUGUGGAUUGUUGCUUAAUUCCAGAGUCACCCUUUUACCUUGAAGGUCCUGGUGGACUUUAUGAAUAUAUAGAGAAAAGACUCAAGGAAAAUGGGCACAUGGUUAUUGUGAUUGCUGAAGGAGCAGGACAAGAACUUGUUUCUGAGAGUGUGGAGUCCAUGGGCACGCAGGAUGCUUCUGGAAACAAGCUUCUUCAAGAUGUUGGCCUAUGGAUAUCCCAAAAGAUUAGGGAUCAUUUUGCUGAACAGAAGACACUACCAAUAACUCUCAAAUACAUAGAUCCAACUUACAUGAUCCGAGCUAUUCCAAGCAAUGCUUCUGAUAACGUGUAUUGCACACUUCUUGCUCAAAGUGCUGUUCAUGGAGCAAUGGCAGGUUACACUGGCUAUACCAGUGGACUUGUCAAUGGAAGACAAACUUAUAUACCCUUCUAUAGAAUCACUGAGAGACAGAACCACGUAGUGAUAACUGAUAGAAUGUGGGCUAGGCUUUUAUCUUCGACAAAUCAACCCAGUUUUUUGGAUGUGAAGGGUGACCAUGAAGAGACGAAGGAAGAAGAAACAUUGCAUCAGGUACCGAAUGAUCGAAUUUCCAAAGUCACUUUGGAUAACAACGAAAUCAGCCAUGUCUAUCCUGCAGCUUGCUAGUUAUUGUUGUAAUUUGUGACCCUUUGUCAUGCGAUACACUUAAUAGUAUAUAAGAGCUAUCAUUUUGCCCUUGUUUGUCAAUAAGAUGGCUGUGGAAAACUCAGCCUUGCACCAUGAAAAUGCUUGUCAGAAUGUUGUUGCUUUCCAAUGAGAUUGCUUUAUCUGGAAAUGAAUUUUCAUUGGUUUGAA